AUGUCGGCAUCGUCCUCGCCAGUCUCGCCAAGACAUCGUCGGCAUCCUUCGAGCCUCGACAUAUCCCCGGCAGUUCACGAUACAAACGAAGACGGGUACUUCUAUCUACAAAGCCCUCGUUCACCCAGUUUCGUCUCGACAGACAGUCAGCGACUGCGACAUUCUAUAUCUUCCGCCGGUGACCGGCGUAUGUCUGUAGAAUAUACUGGCGCUGCGGACUCUGGUGGUGGUGGUGGUGGUCUGGGAAACCUAGCGGAUGAGCUGGCUGACGCAUGGGCUGAUGGUGAGGGAUAUGAGGACGCUUCGGGGAUAGAGGUCAAUAGCCAAGCGAACGGUAUACAUGACAACGAAAAUUCCUCGGGACAACAAACACCCCGCGAACAGAUGUCACCAAGUCACACACAUAGUCUACAGGCCCCGAGGCAAAGGCAACGGCAACACCAAAACUGGCACCACCGGCGUACGGAAUCCCAAUACGACGGAUCUGACUAUGGAAACGAUUCGGACUUUGAUGAGGCCAGUGAAUUUUCUCCCAAUUUUGAGAGGAGGUUAGCUGGGAUUGAAAGUCUGGCUAGGCGAGGUAUCGAAGAAAAUGGCAGCUCAAACGAUCAAAUAAUUCAACGUUUCGUUGAAGGCUUAAAGGAUCUAGGUGCACAAAGCGGUAUUGAAAAUGGAGCCGCAAGAUUGAUCACUGCCCAUGCCUCUAUCACAUCACACCUCACACAUCAGACUAGAGCGCUGCAGACGUUAAUUCAUCCUCUUCUGUUUUCACAUUUUCCUUUACUACCUAUCGAAUCCAUGGACGACCUUGUACCCUUGAUUGACGAGGGCCUUCUCCCAAAUCUACCCCGACCUAUCCAAACACAAAAUAACAACCUAAACGCCGCCUCCUUCAGACCACACUCCUCUUCUUCCACAAAGUCUACGCACAGUCAGAUAGCAUCAACUGCGGACCCGCUUCUAUCGCUGCAAGCACUGCUGGACCAAACAUCAGACCUUACGCUCACACUACGAACAUUGAAUGACACACUCCACGAAUCUCGACAACUGACAUCAACAGCGUCUCGCCGACUCAGGUCUGCACGAGAACUCCUGGCAGAGCUAAAUCGUGAAGACGAGGAUCGAGAGGAGGGCCAUCGCUGGAUAGAAAGUGGCCAGUGGGAUCGCAAGUUGAGAGAGCGCGAGGCAGGCCGAGUCUGUGGUGAGGUAGUAAGUGGCUUUGAAGCGGUUUGCGGAGAAUGGAGAAGGAAAUUAUUCGGUACUGGGGCUGCUGCUCCCACUACAGCCGAGGCUGUAGCAUGA